GAGAAGAAGCAGUUUUGGAGAGCUUCUUACCAAAAAAGAAUAGACUCCCUAGUAACCAUCAUCAGCUCACCACGCAGUAACGUCACCCGGGGUUCUGUGUACUUUUGGUAUCUAAUUAUAGGAGUCCACGGAAAACCCAAGCAAACUCAAUUCCAUCAUACCGGUAUGAACCUAAGAGAUCUCAAGUUGAGACGAAUCCCAAGUGCCUCGUCCUUCGUGCUUCGUACUUCGUGAAUAUCACUUGUUUCAGAAUCCAAUCACAACUUGAUUAGCCUUUAAUUUACCAUAGCUCACGCUCUCACGCCGCCAAGCAGAUUACGAACGAACGUCAAACUUUGACCAUAUUCACCAAGAUCCAGCAACCUUACCCCUACUAAACAACAAACACAACACCAAAACCAAAAGCACAUAGAAAUGAUUUCUGAUGAUAAUAACCAAUCGACACAACUUCCUUGACGCUUCUCUUCCACUUCAGGCUUCCCACACAUACAUCCGACCAAGGCUAGAGAAAGAAAAGGGGAAAAGGAAAGGUUAGCGAUGCAACCCUCAGUCAUUCAAAGAGCCGUGGUCCGAAGAACCAUACGCGCCUCUACAACGCGCCAUUGGUUACAAACACGACAGCCCAUCAUCACACAAUCACAACUACGAUACCUCUCGACAGAAUCGGCUUCAGAACAUAAUUCAAAUGGCUUCAAUUCAGAAAAGCGUAAUCCCGAGACUGAAUCAUCCAACAAUCAAUAUCGGAAAAGUCGAAAUGAUUACUCGUCACAUGAUGAGCCUUUCAAUGCUAAGACUAAAAUGCUCGACGCUGCAUUGACAGCCUUUGCAUCUAUCGUUGUGCUGGGAACAGGAUUUGCCUUGGGAGGUUACCUCUAUCAUAGGUUCUACAAAUGGAUGGUUAUUCAUAAGAUGGAAAUUGCCUUCAAGCCGGGUGAUCCAGUUCUAGACCUUGCCGCAACCACGAAACAGAUGCCAAAGAGGUAUGCAGUUGAUGAUGAUGAUGAUGAUGAUGAACAUUGGAUACACCGCGCAGAGCAAGAGAAAAUAGACAAAAUAGUGCACGGCGAAGAUCGUGGACACUAUCAUCUACUGAUCGGAGAAAAAGGUGUAGGAAAAUCCAGUAUGUUGCUCGAGGCCAUGCAGAAAAUUGAUGGUGAGGGUGUGAGUAUGUUUGAAGCACAUGCCGACCCUGAGAUUUUCAGAGUACGUUUAGGAAAGGCCCUCAAUUUUGAAUUCAAUGAGGAUUACAUCGGAUCAUACUUUUCUGAAAGAGGGCCAAGAGAUAGUACAGCGCUAUUGGAUAUUGAAAGAGCGAUGAACAAAUUGGAGAAGGUUGCACUGAAGAGACGAAGUACUGGUCGUGGACCUUUGAUCGUCAUUAUAAAUGCGAUACACCUUCUCCGAGAUGACGAGAAUGGCAAAGACCUGCUUGAACUGCUACAACAACGUGCUGAACAAUGGGCCGCUUCCAACUUAGUCACCAUGGUUUUCAACAGUGAUGACUAUUGGGUUUACGAAAGACUAAAGUUACUCGCAACCCGCAUGGAAGUUACUACCAUUCCAGAUCUUCCACGCAGCCUGGCUGUGUCUGCCCUCCAAAGAUAUCGCCAAAAAUACUAUGCCGAAACUCCUUCAUCCGAAAUCUUAAACGAGGUCUACAACCGCGUAGGCGGUCGUCUCACAUUCUUGAAUCGAGUUGCCAAAUCCUCGGACAUGCUCGAAACAUGCAACAACAUCAUCGAUACCGAACGACGCUGGUUCCUAAACCAAUGUUGGAUCCUCGGUAUGGAAAUGGACGACGACGUAAUGGACCAACAGAAAUACGCCUCCGCAGCCAUGGUCCUAGCGCAAGCGCUCGUCGCCGCCGAAAAAGACACCCCCACCUACAUCGACGACGGCUCGCACAAUAUCCCGGAAAUCCCCCUCCACAAGGCCCGGCAGAUUAUGACGCGCGCAGAUUUCAUCCAGCAAUACGAUCACGUGAAUCUCUUCACCAUCACCUCGAAAGCAAUGGUCCGCGCCGACUCGGUACCCAUGCAACAAGCUUUCCGCAGUAUCUGCGCCGAAGAGGGAUUCCAGAAACAUCUCGAAGCCACCUUGCAGCGAAUCGACGACAUCGAGAGUUUGGGCAGAACGAGGGAGAUUGUGGCGAAGGAUUUGGUGCUUGGGGGUAAGUAUAAGAUUACGAUGAGUGAUGGGGAGAAGAGGGGAACAAAGGUUACGGAAGUUGUGUUGGAGACACCGGAGGAAGAAGAUGAUGGUGGUGAUUCGUAGAUUGGGGGAUUGCGGCUAAGGCUUGGUGGAGCAAUGUCUGUAUGAUCGUGAUAUUUUUUGUAUAUUUAGAAGGUUAUAGAGUGGGAAUGAAUCAGAUAGGUUAUUGAUGUUUAAUCGAAAUCAUAUCAUAACUAUCUGAUCUAGACGAUUUCCGCGAGCUAAUAAUUUGUUUGAAAUUUUAGAAUUUAUACA